AUGAAUAUCGACUAUCACAAUCGUACAACAUCAUUGCGUGCUAAAAUAUUGAAAAAUGAAGAACAACGUAUUUUACUCGACCAAAAACUUCGUCAAAUGUCCACCGUUGAUUCACGUCUAAAACGUUUUCAAAUUCAACAAAUUCAAUCAUACUUUGAUAAAGUGAAUUCACAGUCAGAACGUGCAGAAAAACGAAAUAUGACACUAUUACAAGAUUUAAAUCGUGCUGAACAACAUUUAGACCAAUUGCGUAAGGAUGCUGAGAAAUUAGUUCAUUUAAAACAAGAUUAUCAACAUUAUUUGCAACAAAGUUAUCCAAAUUGGAAACCAUCGACAACAUUAACUGAACCAUUAGUAGAACAACAGCAAUUUUAUAAUCCAUAUGAUAGAUUAGUACAAGAAGUUCAACAAAAUAAAAUAAUAAAAGAGCAAAAAAGUAGCGACCAGCAUCGGGAACAAACAAAAUUAAAUAAUGAAGGAAAUAUUAGACAAUCAGGUAUAUCUGAUGACAUUCAGUAUCGUUCGAAUCGAUCUCCAGUUCGUCAAUCAUACGAUGUUGAUUCAUCAAUGUUAUUUAAACGAUACGAAGAUCAACUAAAAGUCGGUUUUGAUCGCACACUCUCACCACCAUCCCCAUUAGAUCCUCGAUCACCUCCUACUGUUGUAGCUACUGAUCACAAGGCUCCCACAGUUACGAAACCGCCACUAUUCGACGAUACUCAGGAUCAAAUUGAUCAUUUAGCUGAUUUAUCACCGGAUAUAAUGGUGGUCAAAUCUUCGGCAAAACAAUUUAGUUUAGACAAUCAACAACAACAAGAUGAUUCAUUAAGCGAUCAGGUGACACAAUCACGAGAAUCAGCUGAUACAUUAUCAAAUUCGAAUCAUCGUCGAAAAGGUUCAUUACGUAUGGAAUUAAAUCGAUCUGGUUUAGAAUUUGCAUUAGAUUAUAUACAAAAUGAAUUGCAAAAUACGCUAGAUCAAAAAAAAUAUUAUCGACAUGAUACACCAACCAUUUCACAGCGAAAAAAAAUUUUAAAUGGUGCUAAUGAACAAAAUCGUGCACAAUUGAAAGAAUAUGGACCGACAACAGUGUCAAUGGUAGUUUUACAUCAAAUGACAUCGACAAUAAGACGUUAUACAAAACAAAAAUGCCUAUUUACAGAUGAAAUAUUAUCAUUAAAUAUCAAAGAUGUUAGCAAAGAUAUCGUUCAUCAGCGAUUGAACAAAACUGAUCCAAGUGCUGCGACAUUGUGGGAUGUAUUGAUUGAACAUUUUAUGUUCUUACAACGUCGACAUGUCAUGGACAUUCCAACUAUUGCAAAAACAUUUGCUCGUACUCUCAUAUCAGAAACAUCAGAAGCACUGGAAAAGGCCGAACCAUUACUGAUACAUAUACUAGAAAAAAUUGUUCGAGAUCAUGCAUCAUCAUCUUCAUCUGACGAAGACAAUGAUAAUCAUAAUAAACCAAAACAACAACAACAAGUACAACAAAUUAAAAAUACCAAAUCAAAAUCAUGGCUUGAAAAAAUUGUCGACGGUGAUGACGAUGAUGAUGAUUUAACGGAAUCAUCGUCAUCAAAAACAAAAACAAAAUCAGUAGUGAAGACUUUUGAAACAUCCGAAGCUGGUAGACGAUGGUUAUCGAAUGAAAAACAUGUACAACCACCAGAUGAAAGCGAUUUAGAAUUUUAUAGUUGA